UGAUAAUGAGCCCAACCCAAUUUCCAUAGUCAAAUGUAUAAUUCAUGUAAUUUUGGAGCAUGAAGAUGCAAAUAGAAGAGGAAUCUUCAUCCUCGCCUACCACGGCGGCACGGCCAGAUUAUUGAUCAGCUCGACCCUUCCAAAUCUCCCCCUCUCUCCGUCGAUCAUCCUUCCACGGCCAUGGCUUUUCCACAGCAGCAGCACUUCCAACAAUCACGAGCUUUCAGAGAUUUUUACAACAUGGAUGCUCAGAUUUCGCAGCCUGUGUCUUACUUUAACGGCUCUAAUCUUCCCGAUCACUCUCACCAUCCUCCAUAUGUUCCUCCUUUUCAAGUGGCUGGGUUAGUACCUGGCGCGGUGGAAGAAAGUGGGCUCGAUUUGCAGUGGAAUUAUGGGUUCGAGCCGAACAAGAAGAGGCCCAAGGAGCAAGAUUUUCUGGAGAACAAUUCUCCGAUAUCCUCUAUAGAGUUCUUGCAGCCACCUUCGGUGUCUACUGGGCUUGGCUUGUCCCUUGAUAAUGGGAGAAUGGCAUCAUCUGGUGAUUCGUCUUUUCUGGGCUUUUCAGGAGAUGACAUUGAACUUGAGCUUCAGAGACAGGAGGCUGAGAUGGAUAGGUUCAUCAAAGUUCAGGGUGAUCAGUUGAGGCAAGCUAUUCUUGAGAAAGUUCACGCAAAUCAACUGCAUACCAUAUCCUACAUUGAAGAAAAGGUCAUCCGAAAGCUACGUGAAAAAGAGGCUGAGGUAGAAAACAUAAAUAAGAAGAAUGUGGACCUCGAGAUGCAAAUGGAACAGCUGGCAUUGGAGGCCAAUGCUUGGCAGCGGAGAGCUAAAUAUAAUGAAAAUCUCAUUAACACGCUCAAUUUUAACUUACAACAGGUUUAUGCCCAACAAAGCAAAGACAGUAAAGAAGGCUGUGGUGACAGCGAGGUGGAUGACACAGCAUCUUGCUGUCAUGCUCCUGCCAUUGAUUUUCAAUUGCUCGGAAGGGAGAGCAAUGAGAUGAAGAAGUCAACGAUGACCUGUAAGGUUUGUGGGGUCCACCCUGUGUGCAUGCUACUACUGCCGUGUAAGCACCUCUGCCUCUGUAAAGAAUGUGAAAGUAAAAAUGGCGUGUGCCCUCUGUGUCAGUCCACCAAGUAUAUUGGGAUAGAGGUUUAUAUGUAAACCGACUACGUGAAUCUAAUGUAAUGUUCAGUGUAUAUUGUCCACUUGCUUAUCCUUUCAGUACCACUUUGUAUUGUGUAAGUGUACUAUCCAAAGAUACAUUUUUUAUUAACUACUGAAGACAUUGAUCUCAUUCAUGACCUUUGUAUGGGGAUUGAAUGACCGGCAUUGUGUAUAUUAUAUAUGUGCUUAUGUGCAUCCAUAGUAUCCUUUGUUUUAGUUAUAUGUUUGAUGUUUCAUUUGAAUUCUGUAUCGUGCGAGUUGUAACCAGUUAUGCUUGUUCAUUUUGUCAUACAGGUAUGUGGAAUGUGAUUGUGCAUAUAUUGGUCGUCCUGAGCGUAUUUGUUUGAAAUGAUUGAUGAAUGCUAUAAAGAGUUGGUACCCGUUACCCAAUCAUGCCGAAAAUGCUAGAGAUAGGGAAGCAAUAUAUAAGAAUUUGGAAGAAAAUAAAACGGAAAAUGUCAAAUAGUCCUGUACAAUUGAGUGCCUGGACUAUCAAAUCAUCCAAUUAAAAAUCAUCCAAUUAAACCCCCCAAGGUCCCAACUAUAAAAACACUCAUUUGUACUUUUGGGCCGGUUGAUUUAGCUACCACCGGUAACAGUUGAUUUUGGACAC